GACUGUAAUUAGUCCUGUUCUUGACAAUAUGACUUAUUAUUCCAUAAUACAGGAUGGAAAUAAUAAUUCACUAUUACAUAAUAUACAAUAAUAAUAAUGAUAAUUUAAUUCAAAUAAUCGAUAUGUGACAAAUAUGGAAUUAUGGAGGCAAAAUGCCAAAAAUUACAUGAUCUUUCUUAUAUUGAUUAUUAUAUUCAUUAAUCAAUUGAUUAAAAUUAAAGGAAUAUGUAUGAAAUCAUCAACUGAAUCUAUAGCAAUUACAUAUGAAAUUAUUGAAGAAUCUAUAACACCAAUGAUUGUAGGUAAUUUAAAAAAAGAUUUAUGUAUAGAUCAAUAUUACAAUCAAAAUACAAAUGAUGAAUUACUAUUACAUAAUAAUAAUGAUAAUGAUAAUAAACAAGCCAUUACCCAUGAAUUUGUAUUAUUUCCUACAUCACAACCAUUUUAUCAAUAUUUUAAAAUAAAAACUGACAUAGUAACAAAUUAUAAUGAACAAUAUUUAAUAUUAAAUCAAUCAAUUGAUCGUGAACAAUUAUGUAGUAUAACAAAUGGAUUACAUUCAAGUCAUACUAAAUUAUUACAAUCCAAUUACAUAAAACACCAACAACAACAACAAUCACAAUAUUAUAAUGAUGAUAUGAAUACAUUAUGUAAUUGUAAUCAUUUAUUAGGUUGGUGUACUAUUUAUUUACAUUUAGCUCUUAUACCAUUCUAUAAUAAUCAAUCAAAUCAUCAAAUUGAUUUAUUGAAUAUAUCAUUAUUGAUUAAUCAUACACAACAAAUUAAAAAAAAUAUUGAUUAUUGGUUAAAUUCAAUUAGUAUUAUGGAAUUUUUUAUUAUAGAAUUAAAAAUUAUUGAUAUUAAUGAUAAUCAACCAAUAUUUAAUCCAUCUCAUUAUAAAAUUAUAAUUAGUGAAUCAGAUAAACCAGGUAUGAUAUAUCGUUUACCAAUAGCAUUUGAUCAAGAUAUAGGUAUGAAUUCAAUGUUAUUCUAUAAUAUUGUAUCUAUAAAUGGAACAAAUAAUCAAGGGAAUAUAAUACAAUUAUAUUCAAUCAAUAAUAAUAAUAGUGAUUAUAAUGAGCAAUUAUUUAUUCUUAUCCAAGAAACAAAUCCUAAAUUACCAUUUAUUGCAUCACAUUCAUUAGAACAAAUUGAAAUUCAUAAAUUAUAUAUUAAAUUAAUUCAACCAUUAGAUAGGGAAUUAUAUCAUCAUUAUGAUAUAAUAAUUAUAGCAAUGGAUAAACCAUUAAAUAACCAUCAUCAUCAUCAUCAUCAUCAAAAAACUGGUACUUUAGAUUUAAUUAUUGAAAUAGCUGAUAUUAAUGAUGAACUACCAAAAUUUCAACAUAAACAAUAUGAAUUUCAUAUACGAGAAAAUUUACCAUCUGGUAGUAUUAUAGGUCAAGUUAAUGCAAUUGAUCUAGAUGAUGGUUUAAAUUCAAUGAUUAAUUAUACCAUUAAAGAAAUGAAACCAUUUAUCAAUCAUAAUCAUAAUCAUAAUAAUCAUGAUUAUUAUGAUUAUUAUAAUGAAUUAAUUUAUAUUGAUUCAAUAACUGGUGAAAUUAAAUUAUAUACAAUGAUUGAUCGUGAAAAAUUAUUGAAAAUUCAUUUAAUUAUUGAAGCUAAAGAUAAUGGACAACCAUCAAGAUCAUCAUUAACUAAUGUAAUCAUUCAUAUAGAUGAUAUCAAUGAUAAUAGUCCAAUGAUUGAUUUAUGGGGUUAUAAAGAGAUAUUAAAUUCAACAGGAUUAUUGAUUCAUAAUAAUAAUAAUAAUAAUAAUAAUAAUAAUGAUAAUAAUAAUAUACAUCAUAGUAAUUUAAUGCCAUUUUAUUUAAUUUCCUCACAAGGUCCAUUAAUCCCUGUACAUAUAUGGGUUAGUGAAUAUUUAAAUCCUAGAUCAAUAAUAUCAAUUGUUAAAGUGAAUGAUCUUGAUCAAGGGAUUAAUGGUACAGUUCAAUGUAUAUUAAAUGAUUCAUAUUUUAUAUUACAACCAGCAACUCCAAAUACUAAUACCAAUAAUGAUCAACAAUUAAGAAGUUAUUAUGUCAUAUUAUCUAAAUCAUUAGAUUAUGAAUUACAAAUUAUUCAUCAUAUACCAAUUAUAUGUUAUGAUUUAGGUAUCCCAUUAUCUAAAACAUCAACAAUUUUAUUAAAUAUACAUAUAAAAGAUGAAAAUGAUAAUGAACCGAAAUUUUUACUACCAGAAAUAUAUCAACCAGCUCAAUGGAUCAAUAAAGAACAAUUUCUAUCGAAUAAUCAACAAAUGAAUAAUAAUCUUAAUUCUAUAUUUGAUUUUCAUAAAACAUUAUUCAAUCUUAAAAUGAUACCUUUAGAGAUCAUCAUACCAGAAACAUGUUCUAUGAAUAGUAUCAUAUUAAAAUUUCCUGUACUUGAUAUAGAUAAUGGUAUAAAUAGUAUAAUAAAUUAUCAAUUACAAUUAAUCAAUCAAUAUCCUAUUAAUCAAUAUAAUAAUAAUAAUCAAUCAAUAGAAAUCGAUAAUAUGAUUGAUUUUAUACAAAUUAAUAAUCAAACAGGUCAAAUUAUAAUCAUUAAAUCAUUAAAAUUAAUACCAGAAUAUAUCAAAUAUAUAUAUGAACUCAUUGUUACCGAUCAAGGUAUACCAUCUAAAUUAUCAAAACUAUAUUUUUCAUUACAAAUCAUAAUAGUCAAUUCUUAUCCACCUGAUAUAGAAUUAAUUCAAUUAAGUAAUAUAACCAUUAUAGAAUUAUAUAAAAAUAAUUUUAAUAAAAAAUAUGAAAUUGAAUUGUAUGAAAAUCAACCAAUAAAUAUACAAUUAGCUAAAUUAAUUGGUUAUGAUCCAGAUCGUGGUGAUGCUGGUCGUAUCACUUAUAAAUUAAUACAAAAUUUAAUGAAAACUUGUAAAGGAUCAUAUCAACAAUUAAAUAAUACCAUUGAAAUUGAUCCAAAUAAUGGUAUUAUAACAAUUAUGAAAUCAUUAGAUCGUGAAUUAGAUGGUAAUUUAAUUCUAUUAACAAUACAUAUACAUGAUUAUGGUAUACCAAUGUAUACAACUACUACAUAUAUUGAUAUUAAAAUAUUAGAUAGAAAUGAUAAUCCACCAUUAUUUAUAUUACCAUUACGUUCAUGUCAUAAAUUGGAUCUAAUAAGUGAUACAACUAAUCUAUAUGAUAUAAUACCAUGUAAUAAUCUAUUACAUAAUAAUCCAUUGUCAUAUAAUACUUCUAUUAAUCAAACCUAUAAUAUGACAAUGUUAUUACCAAAACAAUCGAAACAAAAUAUUCUUUAUCCAUUUGCUCAAUUUAAAGCAAUUGAUUAUGAUCUUGGUUUGAAUGCAUUAAUUACAUAUUAUAUCAAUGAAAAUUGUUCAAAAUUCAAUGUAUUCAAUGAAACUACUAUUCAUCAUUCAUUAUUUAUUAUUGAUAAACAUAGUGGUUGUUUAAGUAUUAUAUUAAAAUUUACUACUAAAACAUUAGAUACUACUUAUUAUUUUUGUAUUAUUGCAAAAGAUCAUGGUGAAUUGAUACAACAUUAUAGUAUGAUGAAAGUUUAUAUUGAAAUGAAAUCUUAUAUCAAUCAAUCAAUUAUUUUAAUGAAUUAUUCAAUUAAAUCAAUAGAACAUAUAAUGAAAACAAAAUUAUCAUUAAAUAAUGAUGAUAAUAUACCACAAUUAAAAUUAUAUCAAGAACAACAACAAGAAGAAGAACAACAAGAACAGCAACAACGAGAACAACAACAUGAACAUACAUUGACACCAAUUAUUAGAAUUUUAUUAUGUAUUACAACUACAAUAGGUGGAUUAAUGAUUAUAAUUGUUGGUAUAUUAAGUAUAAAACAACCUAAAUGGUUAAUAUGUAAUCUAUGUAGAAGAAAUUCUAAAGAAACAGCUAAAGCUGAAUUGUUAAGAUUUCAUGAGGUGCAUAAUCAAAUUGAAGUUAAACGAAAUUCAAAAUAUAAACAAAAUGAAAUGAAAUCGUAUGAUAUGGAAUUAGAAAAAAGUCAAAACUAUCCAUUAUUAUGUAAUAAUAGUAAUAAUAAUAAUAAUGAUACAUCGACAACUGAUAUCAUUGUAACUCAAACACAUACUGACCAACCUGUAAAAAUACAUUUACCUCAAGAUUAUUGUAUAGAAUGUAAUAAUAAUUCUAAUAUUUCUGAUUCAUUAUUGAAUAAUUAUCCUUAUCCUUAUACUCAACAUCAUCAACAUCAACAUCAUCCAUAUGAACAUCAUCAACAUAAUUCAGAUUCACCUGUCUUCCUACAUAUUGUUAGAACAUGUGAUAUUGUAAAUGAUCCUAAAUUAAUGAAAUCAAUUAUAGAAACUAAAACAACUGGUCAUCUUGUAGAAAGUAAUGAUAUUAAAUGUAUUUAUUGUAAUGAAAAACCAACAGAGAAUUGGAAUCAAAAUAUUGUUUAAUAUUUUUAAUGAAUUAAUGAAUUAUGUUUAUUAUGAAUUGAUUUUAUUCAGUAAUAUGUAUUGAUACAAUAAAGAAAAAAGAAUCUUAAACAACAACUAUUCA